GUAAUAAAGCGGCGGGCACAUUCUUUUAUCAAUCCGGACAAUAGCACUCAGAUUUGAAUUGGGUAAUAACUGAAGAAAUAGAUCAAAAUGUAUGUGAUUUCCACGUCUAAGAAAACCGUGCUCUCCGACUUCGCGGAUCUGGAAACAAAGUCUGAGUAUGUGCACCAGAAUGCAGAGCCCACGGACUUUCAGUUCAACGGCCAGCGCCGCGUCUUCGUGGAGGUGGAUAAAAUGGCGGGCUUGGCCGUGAUGCGAAUAAAGGAGAAGGAUGGCAAGACGCCCGAGAUUCAACGAGUCCGUAAGCUCACCAUCGACAAUGCCUUCUGUGUGGCGUGCGCCAAACAAUCCCUGGAAGAGAUCGCCGUGGGCCAGAGCGGUUGUGUUAAGCUAUACAACUUCCGGACGGCACAGCUCAUCCACCGUUUUCCGGCAGACCCGCAAAGGAGUACUGUCCUCUACAUGGACUACAACAAUACGGACGAGUAUAUAGCCGCCGUGCGCGAUGGCGGGGACAUCAGUAUCUUGGGCACCAAGACCAAGCAGAAGACCAACACCUUCACCAUAGAUGGCGACUCUACUCUUGUGCGCUUUCAUCCGAGCAAACGCUUCCAUUUGUCAAUCGCUUCCUAUAAAGGAGCCGUGACCGUCUAUGAUGUGCAGGGAAUGCGGAAGAUUUUCCAUGCCAGCGAAGCACACAGUGCUCCCUGCCGGGACAUCAGUAUGUGCGCAUCCCAGCCGGCGGUGCUGGUCAGCGUGGGCUACGAUUGCAAGAUAAACAUCUUCGACAUUAGACGAAAUCGUGCUCAGGCAUCCACGGAUCGCCUGACCUACUCGCAUCCACUAUCGACGGUGUCGCUGAGUGAAUGUGGCACUUACCUUUGUGCUGGAAACCUUAAGGGCGAAUUGAUAGCCUAUGAUAUGAGGAGUACGAAGGCUCCGCUGACCGUGAGGAGUGUUCAUGAUGCGGCUGUGACACGUGUAGCCUUUGUGCCCGUGCCAAGUGUGGAUAGCCAGCAGAACGGUAGCCUCAACAGCUCCGAAAAUGCAACUGGUUUGACGGCCGAAGCUCCUCGUGUAGAGCGCGGGCCCAGCGAUGAGUUGCGUAAAUCGAUUGCCGCUAAUUUGUUGAGCACCCAAAACCAUCAUCUGACCAGUCUGGGUUACGGCGUGUCAACACCUACCAUAGUUCGCCGGGAUUCCUUUUGCGAGUUCCUGGAUGCCCAAGGUCCGAGGGCUGUGGAUCGCAUGUCGACCCGCUUGGGCGCCUCUUACAGAGAUAGUUUUGACUGGGAGACGCUCAACCGAAAACCGCAACCUAAUGAAACUGCCAACCGUCAAAGUCUUUGUCCUCCAGUGGCAUCUGGCCCCACCUCGGUGGAUAACUCAGUUAACAGCUCUACCACGGAGUCACUGCAACAGACCUUAAGCGGCCCACUUAAAGAUCGGAGCAACAUUUCCGGAGAUGGAAAGCUGAUGAAGAUCGCCGAGACGGACGAGCUCUGCGAGGAGCAGUCUGCCAACAUUUCCGUAGCCAGCAGCACAGGAGGCGGCAGCGACAAAGAGAAUCCCCCGCCGGUAGACGCAGAAAUGAAACGACGUCUGCGCCUACUUUCGGCCAGUCGAAACAGUACCCCGCACCAUACUAACAUCACACCACAAUCCUCAAAUCCUCUCUUGAAGCCUCAGCAGUUGCUGGCCAAAUCGUCAAGCGGACUUUCCGCCCAAAUGGAUGCAGAUUGGCGCAAGGAAUUCAGCGAGCUAAGAGAUUUUGUAGACCAGCGCUGCGGGAAGGUGGAGCGGGAACUGGAGUAUGUUACCUUCUCUAAUCAGCGGCUACUGGCUAAUAAGAUGACCAAAUACAUGGACAAGCAGGCGGAAAACACAAGGGAGAUCCGGGACGCCCUAGCUUUACUACUUCAAGGAGAUAGCUUCAUGCGCGAGUUCUCGCGCCUAAAAAAUGAAAACGAAAUGUUAAAGGCCAAAUUGAAGUUCUACCUGGAGCAGGAGCAAACGGAAUCAUGCGGAGAGUAAAAUGAGCGGAAGACAUGUUAAUAAUUAAUUGAAACAUUGUUAUUAUUAUAUU